AAUGAACUCCUGUGCACCUUAGCGAAAUGCGCCUGAGAGGCCUCAUUGGUUGCUCUCUUUGCUGCUUUGCCGGCAUCACCGGCAUCACAUUUCUGGGAUCAACUCGAUGUAGUCCCCGUCUCGGUGCCCGUCUCCGACCUCGGGCGCAGGCGGAAGACAGGGGAUCCGCCAGUGGCCCCUUGGACCAGUGGAUCGAUCCUGUGUGGGGCAGUUUUCGCGAGCUGCUCGACUCAGAGCCUGGCCGAAGUCUGCAAGGCUUCGUCGGAGAAGAGCGUCUCGAAAGUGUGAAAGCUGGGGCCACCGCAACUGCCUCCGGAGCAGUUGCCAUGGUGCCAAUCAGUUUACUUGAUCCAGAUCGCUUCACUCCCCGAUGGGAGUUCCAACUGGAUAUGUUGGCGUUGGAUAUUCUGCUCUUUGGUGUGGUGUAUCGCUAUGCUGUACGAAGUGGUGAUGACAAUCCUAUGCUGAGAACAGGUGUCGUUGGAGCCUUUGUACUGCCAAGGGCGCUAUUCCUUGUGCAGCUUCCGGCCGAGUGCCAGGCCUUGCCUUUGAGUUGUGGAGAUCCCUUGGGCUAUUUCAGCUGGUCGAUGUUGGCACAGGUUGUGUGGCAACUCUUUGCUGGUGCGGUGGUUUUCGCCUUUGCCUUCUAUGGUUUGGAGAGAGCCAUUGCAUGUGGAUUGGUUCAAAGAUUUCAAUCACAAAAUUGAAAA